GUGUAUUUAAUAUUGCUCAUAAUGCCUCAUAAAUCAAAAUAUUGGAUUUAAGGCGGAAAGGUCAGCAAUUGUCACCGUGUAAAAUUGAUAUAAGACUGGAAUCUCUUGAGGAUCAAUAUGGAAUAGCUGAUGAAGAUGAAAUGGUAUAGCUGAAAUGGAUAAAGCUCAUAAAGUCAUCCAAUGAUACUAUGAAAACGUGGGUUGUAUUUGGAAAUUAGAAGCGAAGCAAAACACGAAGUUGAGCUUCGUCGAAGACAUGGACACUUGUAUGGGUACGUUUGGCGAAGGCCAUUAUUCACAUGGACGUUUCUGAAUUUACUACAGCGCUUACUUGAAGAAUACUCCGAGACCUGGAAAACCGACAGCUCGGUAAGAAGAAGAUGCAGAGAGAGAGUGUAACUCAUUCGUGUACUCCACACGCGAGUCUUUUGCCGAGAUCCCCGAACGGACCGAUGCUGGCGCGAGAGAUGUUUCGUACGAGGGAUGAGUUUGUCCCGGUCGACGGGAAUACUUACCCGAACCGAAGGUGGACGACAUCCGGCAGAAGAGACAAGAAUGCCAUGGAUGAGAAAAGGUGAUGGGCAUGAAACCCCGGCCCAGGACUCGGUUGGUCAGGUCAAUUCAUGCAUGGGCGACGGACCAGUGUACCGUGUUCGAAAGUGGCACUUUGGGCAGGAUGGGGGAGUGCUGUGGGGCAGCCCUGGGGCCUGCGGGUGGGCCAUAUUUAUCUCCUCGCUCCGGGCAGGGGCAGGGGCAGGGCCGGGCAGGCGAGAGCGGGGCAGGGCUAAUCUCCUCUGCGCGGCUGCCCCUCGAGGGCAGUCUUCUUAGGGAGGGAUGAGUCAGCGACUUGUCUUCUUCGUCUCGAGCAGGCGGUCGGUCGGUCGGUCGUUCGUCCGCUCGCUCGCGAUGGCGAUCUCUCGCUCUCUCUCUUUCUCUGAGUGGAAAAAGAAGGAGGCCGGGAGGGAGGGCUGUCGCCCGUCGGCCGUCGCCGGGCGCCGUUGUCUUGAGGGGCAUGACAUUUGAGCAGAGCAGGGGUGAGAACUUUUCCCAUGUCAUCAUGAUUCAGUCAAGUCCCUCUUUCUCUCCGAUCCUGUUCGGUUCCGUUCCCGUGGGGUCCAAAGACCACAUUCUUAUUGAAUCUUGUACAUCCAAUGCAUGCAUGAGUU